AGUAGCCUAGUCUGACCUCCUAGGGCGUCGGUCAUCUUUCUCAUCGUUUCCCCUCAAUACUUCGAAGUGUCAAUUAUUGGUAUUAGCUUACUCAUUGCCCAACAUGGUUCGAAAGGACCCGAUCUUUGAGGCUCGUACCAAUGUCAAGCUACACUCCAAUCGCUUGAAGAAGGAAUCUGCCCGUGCCGAAGCGACAUUCAAAUCUGAGAAGGCCAAGGCCGACAAGGCAAUGAAAAAUAGAGAGUUUCAAAUCGCUCGCAUUCAUGCCGCAUCUGCUGUACGUGAGAAGAGAAGGCAAGUGACUCUCCGAGCCGAGGCUGCUCGCGCAGAUGUCAUCAUCAACGAACUUAAGGCAGCACAAAGUACGCGAGAUACCUCCCGGACUCUUGCCUUGGCUUCAAGGGGGCUGGAUGCGGCUUCGAAAAGUGUCAACUUAGAGAAUCUGGUCUCGCACGCAAACAAUUUCCUGGCGCGCUCCGAGGAUUUCAAAAUAGCAAGCAGUGCCAUAGAGGAUGUCGCCCAGGGAGUUUCGAUGCAAGAAUACGGUGCGGAGGGUGAGGCUGAGGUUGAUCGCUUGAUGGAACAACUUGCGGACGAUGCCGGCGUAGAUCUGCGCAUAGCAUUAGAGCAAGAUGCUGCUCCUCGUGAGGAAGUCAGGGAUCAGAAACAAGUUGACUCGGAGCUGGAGGAUGGUCUGGGUGCUAGACUGAGAGCUCUACGGGCAGCAAAUUAGAUGCGAUUUUGUACGGUCUCUACUCCGUUCGUUUCUGUCUUCUUUUUGUGUCUUUUACUUUGAGCAACUUGUGCUGGCGCGAAUACGGUGAUGGCAAGUGGCAUUUUCAUUAUUACCUACCAGGCUUGUUGUUCGGGUUGCUACUUUGGGUGUUAGCCGGCUGCUUUUAUUUCAUCUUCUAAAGGCGAUAUCCUAUGGAGCUUUGACGACAUAGCAUGUGGCACGGUAGUCUAUAAUAUAUCGGUCAACAACUGGGUCAUACAAUCUAUCUCAUGGCCGAGCCGUGUUCGCUUGCUG